AAAAAAAAGAGAAAGAAAAGGUGAAGAAGCUUCAGAUAAGUUUUGUGUGCUCUCUAACGUUUUAGUCGUUUUUAACGAAACACGCACUCUUAGUAAACGUUAUCACACCGCUUGUAACACUCAUUGCAUACAUCGCGCAACACUGUCGUGUUUACUAAACCACUAUCAACAGCAAAUUACACUUCAAAAAGCGACAAAGGUACGUACCAGAGAAUUCGAACUAUUGAAGGAAGUGAUACCACAAUUAACAUAUGGGAUAGUACUUGCUUCCACUGUUUCGUACAAUUUAACAAAGCAGUUAGUCUGUAUUUUGGAAUAUGAAAGACAAAACGAAGAAAGAAAAUAAAGAAAAAUAUGUAGAAGAUGAUGCACUUUCUUACUAUUCUGAAUAUGAAAUUCCUGAUGGAGGCUGGGGAUGGAUGGUUGUCUUGGGUUCAUUUUUUGUGCAUGUCAUUGCAGAUGGCAUCACAUACUCACUUGGCAUAUUUUACUCAAAAUGGGUGGAUUAUUUCCAAACUGAUAAAGCUACAAUGGCAUGGGUUGGCUCCUUGGUUCCAGCAAUGACAUACUUAACAGGUCCCGUUGCCGGAGCUCUGACUAAUGUGUAUGGAUGUCGCAAAGUGGCUGUUGUUGGAAGCUUACUCACCACAUUUGGUUUUGUCAUUAGCAUAUUUGUCAAUAAUGUAUACUUUCUUUAUUUCUCCUUUGGUAUUCUAGGAGGUAUUGGUAUGGGACUUAUUUAUCUCCCUGCCAUUGUGUGUGUUGGGUUCUAUUUUGAAAAAAGAAGGUCUUUUGCAACUGGAUUAGCUGUUUGUGGAGCUGGUAUUGGAACAUUCAUAUUUGCUCCAUUGUCUCAAUUUCUGUUGAACUUUUAUGGUUGGAAAGGUGCUGUUCUGAUAAGUGCAGGUCUUAUUUUGAACUGCAUUUUGUGUGGAGCUUUAUUCAAGCCUCUGCCUAAAACCAAAAUACCAAAAGAAUCUAUAUCACCUGUUUCUGAAAAAACAUUCCAAAAUGGAAAUAUAAAUAUAAAGAAAAGAAAAGAACUUUCUGUUACUCCAGAUGAAAUAGUAAAUUUAACAAAAAGUGAAAAUAAUUUGGCUACAAGAAAGCUGAGUAUAGAUUCUCGUCAUUCCCAAUAUUCUGUUGGGGGAACCAGGUCUCGCAUAUCCAGACGUUCCUUUAGUGGCAGUGGUUUAUUAAAUGUUUCAGUUUUCCAAAGCCAUGCUUCAGUGAUCUCAAUGAGUGUCCUCUCACUCCAUGAACAAGGUCAGGCAAGUGGAGGAUGCUGGAAAGAAACAAAGACUAUAUUUCAGCAGACAUUGAACCCUGCAUUAUUGACAGACCCAAUCUUUGUUAUCUUCCUUAUCUCAAAUUUCUUCAUUUCUGUUGGAUAUAUAGUGCCUUACAUUUAUAUACCAGACUAUGCAUUAGAAAAAAAUUUACACCCUAACAAAGCUGCCAUGCUUGUAUCAGUAAUAGGUGUAUCAAAUACAUUUGGUCGAGUUGUAUUUGGCUAUCUCUCUGAUAACCCACGAAUUAACCGGAUUAUAUUAUAUGCAACCUCCUUAGUGAUUUGUGGAAUUGGUACCUUAGUGUUCCCAUUCCUUGAAAUUUAUCCUUUACAAAUCUUUUAUUCUGUGAUAUUUGGAAUAUUUACAGGUGUAUUUAUUUCAAUUACAUCUGUUGUUCUUGUUGAUUUACUUGGUCUGGAGAACUUGACAAAUUCCUUUGGAUUGACUCUCUUGAUUCAAGGUAUUGCUACAUUAAUAGGACCACCCUUUGCAGGAUGGCUGUACGAUGAAACAAAGAACUAUGACUUCUCUUUUUACCUAGCUGGAAUUACAUUGGCUGGGGGUGGUCUUUUGUUAUAUAUUAUACCAUUUUUAAAACAAUACAAAAAGAAAAAGCAACAUGUGAUGACUGAACUAGUGUCAGAUGCACCGCCACUGAACAGUACACCUCCACAAAUUGUUGUUAGCUUAACAGAUAUUGAUUCUAAUCACGAAGAAUUGUGAUCAUUUUACAGAUAUGACUAAUUU